AUGGAUGAGGAGUUAGACAAAUGGGAAGGCUAUGUUGACUGGAGAAACAGACCAGCCUUUAAAGGCCGUCAUGGCGGCAUGCUGGCUGCCUCUUUCGUCUUGGUGGUUGAGAUAUUGGAGAACUUAGCAUACCUGGCCAAUGCAAGCAAACUUGUGCUUUAUCUGUCGAAAUUCAUGCAUUUUUUGCCAUCCAGUUCUGCCGACAUUGUGACCAAUUUCGUGGGAACAGCCUUCCACCUUGCUCUCCUUGGUGGCUUCCUAGCAGAUGCUUUCUUCACCACAUACUGCAUCUAUCUGAUAAGUGCUACAAUCGAAGUUAUGGUUAUCACAGCUAUGAAAGUGAAAGAUCUUAUUUCACAUGCCCAUGAAAAAUUUGGAACAGGGUCUGUUAACACUCACAGUGCAAGCUCACAUACCUUCACUGAAUCCAGAAACAUGCAUGUCAGCCAACAGAAACACUCCUUGCCAGGAAGUCAACCAUGGGAACGCAGCAAUGUUGUUGUAGGACUCUAUGUAGUGGCAUUAGGUGUUGGAGGGAUAAAAGGUUCACUUCCCCCACAUGGAGCAGAGCAAUUUGAUGGGAAUACCCAAAUGGAAGAAAGCAGAGGUUAUGGCUGCUGCAAUUACAACAAAUGUGAUUCUAGGGGUCUCAGUGAUGCUGUGAGCAUGAGCACUUUCUCAUCUUAUAGAACUGAAAGCAGUGAAGGGGAAGAGGGUCAUGCCAAAGAAAAUGCAGAAAAUCACCCUGUAAGUGGAAACCUUAAGUUCCUUAAUAGAGCAGUGAUCAACAAGCCUGCCCACCCACUUCUUGAUUGCUCUGUUAGCCAAGUAGAAGAUGUGAAGACAGUACUUAAGAUCCUUCGAUCUUCAUGUCUACCAUUAUGCUCAACUGCUGCCUUGCUCAGCUAUCCACUUUUUCUGUCCAACAAGCAGCCACCACGAACACUAAAAUUGGCUCCUUAA